CGUGAUUAGUAUAAACCUGUCGGUGGAUUUAUCGUGGUGAAGUUAUCAAAGGAGCGUGAACAGCAUUGAAGUUUAAGUUUAGCUUUACAAAUGUUCAUGUGUGAAAAGUGAUGAACAAAACGAGCAACAAUGGAAGAGGAAGGAGCAAUAAACUUCAAAGCACUGAGGGCUAAAUUUCAGGAAGAGGCCCUCCUGGCUCAGUCUCAAAUCAGUCGUCCAACCGUCGCUGAAAAACCAAAGCACAUUCCGCCACCUGGAGGUCACUGCAGCUCUGUGGUCAGCAGUAUUAAUAUUGCUGUAGAGAACAAGACACCAGUGGUUCCCCGUGUCAUCUUCAGAGAUGGUCUGCGGGCAUCUGGAGGAAAGCGACCAAUUUCCUUUCCACCACUACCUCUGCAGACCUCUGUGUCAUCCCAGCCUACUAAUGGAGACAGCACAGCCAGGCAGUCCCUCAAAGACCGAUGUAUGCCUUUGGUGCUUCCUGUACUGCCUGUAAAAGAUCAGAAGACGGAAGAACUGGCCAAAAAGCAGCACCAACUGGAAUCGGAGCAAGGGAAAGAAGCCUUGCCACUAACUAAAAUCAAGAAAAAAGGGUUGCUGCUUCCUUUCAAGUCAACCAAAACAUCAAAGAUGAGUGCAGAAAGUGGAGAGGAGCCAACAUAUGCUGAUUUGACCAACAGACCAUGCAGUGCUCCUGGUGAGUUGCCCUCAGUGGAAAAACAAACCACAGAAGAUGAGGUUUCUACAUACAGUGACCAAUCGACCGCUGAGUGCCCCCUCUCCAGCCCAGAUAUCCCAGUCACCCCUCCUUCUGCAGAGACAAGUGGUGACUCUGACAGUAGAAUUAUGAGCACUUUGGAGAGGGCCAAGAAGAAGUUCUCACGCCAACAGACGCUUAUUUCUGCCAAAGCCAAGAGUUUGCGCUCCCCUGACUACACCUCCAGAGACAAGACGUUCCCCUCCCCACCAAAAAACUUUGGCAGUGAGCUGCUCAUACCCCCACCGGUGUGUCUUCCACACCUGGCUUGUAUUUCAGCUCGGCCUUUCUUCAAAACCAACAGCUCUGCACACAAACCAGCAUUGGGUAAGCAGCUUCUCAGAGAUAAAAAUGAGCAUUCAUUAGCGAAGACUGUUGAAGCGCCGUUUGUUCCACUCAAGAAACGUCUACCUGACCUGAGGAUAUUGGGGUCAAUGCCAGCAAAGCCCCCCAAACCUCCAUUAGUGGAUCUCAGCCGUUACCGUGCUCUCACAGUCCAUGAGGUGUCACCAGGUCCGAGCCAAACUCCAACUAAAGAGCCAGCAUCAGAGCACCCAGCCAUCUCCAACCCUCUUCUAGACGCCCCAGAGUUUCCAGAGUUUCAGAAUUCAGAGGUGGAAACAGCAGGGGGUGAGGCUGUUGAUAUUGCCUCGCUAGAAGUGGAGGCUUUAGACUUAGUCAGCACCGAGAUUCACACAGCAGUCGACUUUGAGGUCACCGCCGGUGAGGGUCCACAACCUGACUUGUCAGCGUGUAAUCCUGCCGAGGCUAGUGUAAGCUCUAUCAUCCAAGAUCUGAACAUUGGCAGUCAAAACAUAAUACCCCUCGAUCCAGCCAGCUUCCCUGAACCAAUAAACCUGCCAGAGUUCCCAGAGCCUGCUGUACCAGAGCAGUGGUCCCACAGCAAAGAGAUGCUUGUAGAUUCUUUUUCUAAAUCUCAUUCUGAUGAAACUGAUCUGGGAGGUGCUGAGUGUCGGUCUGUCCCAGAGGAAAGAGAGCUUAGUAAGCAAGCUGCGUCCAAUGAUGGGAUUCAGACACAUCCAAGUGCAUAUCAAGACGACAGUUACUAUGAAACAUAUGAUAAUGUGUAUGAGGAUGUUGAAAACGUCCACAAAUUCAUCAAGAGCCAGAACUCAAGUAAACAAAAAGGCAACCUAAAGAAUCCAUAUGCUGACAACCACCCCAUGGAGGAGCAGCAGAGCAAAUGGGUGCGGAAUCCACGGGGCAAUGUAUCAGGAGAACAUGCUCAUUCUGCCCACAAUCACAUCCACAGUAAGGCACCUCAAAGCCCCAACGCUGCUGACCAUAAAGAACAGAGGAAAAGGGAGAAGCAGCGACUGGAGAAAGAGAAGAAGGAGCAAAAGGAAAGGGAGAAGAAGGAAAAUGAAAUGAAAAAGAAGUUCAAAGUGACUGGAGAAGAGGAGCCCAUGUACCAUGCCAAGGUCAUGGUGGCGAGUAAAGUCCGCAAGAACGACCUGCCUGUGAAGAGCGGGGACACGGUCAGCAUCAUUCGAACCACCAACUGCCCCAAAGGCAAAUGGUUGGCUCGAGAUGCCAACCACAAAUAUGGUUAUAUUUCAGUGAUGAAUGUGGAGCUAAAUAUCAAGGAGAUGCUGGAACUUGGCAAGAAGGCUCAAGCAGCUGGACGAGGAGGGAGCGUCAAUGCAGAUACCAUCAGCAUCGGGAGCAGAUCCUCAAAUCAUCCUGUUCUAACAAGCAGUUUCACAGAUGACAGCGAGGAGUGGGCCUGUGAAGAUGAAACCCUCUCACCAUCCAAUGAGAGCCAUAGCUUUCCUCAGCAGACUGCCUCAGCGCCUGAGAUGUCAUGUGUUCAUGUUGAUGCCCAGCACACGCUGAGUGAUGCCAACCUGGAAGACCUACACACGCAGACCAGACAUGAAGCCCUGCAGAAGCUGGCCAUCUUUUUUCAACACAACAAAGAUGAAUGUGGCAACGUCUCUGAUAAUGGAGCAGCCACGCCUACAAAUACUGAACCACCGGACUUCUUGUGCGCGGUGGAGGAGCCGCCGUAUCCUGAACAAGAAGUUGACUUCACAGAGCUGGAGCUGCUUCCUCCUCCACCGCUCUACGCCGACACCUUCUGAGUACAACAUGGGCUGAAGCAGGGAACAUUCCUUUGAAACAUUUGGAAGGGAAACACUUCAGAGCUCUGGAGCCAUGGGUUUAAGGCUGUUUCUGACCUUCUGGCUUGAAGGAAAGAAACUUCUACGAAUGCUGAUGUAGUUGUACUAUAACUUUAAUUUUACCUUCUUCUUUGUUGGUUCAUUUUCACUUUGUUUUCUACACUCUUUUGUUCUCCUUGUCUCUCGGUUUACUGUGAAAAGAGUAGAUGGUGCACAAAUUUAACCGCUGCACUUUGUCUAAAGAGCAAUAACAUUAAUCACCUGUUCACCUGUGUUUGCACAAAAUGUUCCAUACAUUGGGAUUUUUUGUUUUUUGUUACAUUUAAUAAAUGUUUGACCCUGA